AUGAGAAAAAGCGCUGCUAUAAAAGAAGGACAAAAAAACGCACACACACAGAUAUUCACAUCUCUUGCAUAUCUACUGUUAGCCCUUUGGUUCCUUCCCUCAUCAGUUCAAUCCUCUUCGAUCUCUAGCUCUGAUCCGUCGUCGCAGUCUUCAACUGAUCUGAAAUCCAUAGCUGUUGAAGUUGUUCUACUGCUGCAAGAAAAGAUAAAUGAUGAAGAUGAUACCCCGGUUUCAAUCCGGCUCCUAGUUCCAUCUAAAGUGAUUGGGUGUAUUAUAGGGAGAAGUGGUUCAAUCAUAAAUGAAAUUCGGAAGAGAACUAAGGCUGAUAUUCAAAUCUCAAGAAGUAAUAAGCCUAAAUAUGCAGAUGACAAUGAUGAACUUGUUGAGGUGGUAGGUGAGGUUGAUUGUGUGAGAGAUGCACUAAUUCAGAUAGUCUUGAGACUAAGGGAGGAUGUAUUGAGAAAAAGGGACGUUGACCAAAAACCUCCCAUUGGUGCUGAUUCAUUGUACACAGGCAGUUCUGUUCUUUCAGCACCUACUAUGCUGCCUUCAGUUCCUGCUGCGGCACUAGCUUAUGAUCAUAGGACUGGAAGUGCAACUGGAACUGGACUAGGCAUGCACUCUUCUAGCAGCCGUUAUGGAUAUGAUUCUUACUCGAUGGCAGACAAUGGUUAUGGAUCUAUGUCUUCAUAUGCUUCCAAGAUGUAUGAAGGAAUGAACAUGCAGAUGAAUUGCUUUUUCUCAGUAGUAAGGAUAUACCAAGUAGCAAAUGUGAAAUCUGAAUGGAGCUUGAUCAAAACUUUUCCUGAUUUAUCCGGAACAGAUCAUGAAUCAUGAUAUUGAUGGAGAUUUUCAGUCAUUCGAAGAUGAAGCGACUCGAAAAUGAAGCGACGUAAAUGUAGAGAGAUGUAGUUGUUUAAGUUAAAAUUAAUGUUGGUAAAAAAAAGUUAAAAUUAAUGUUGAUAUUCAUUUUAAGAUGUUAUUUUCAUUAUGAUAUACUUUGAAGAUGUUAUUUUUAGUGAAUUAUGAUUGAA